AUGGCUGCAUCCCGACAGGCAUCGGCGCCAUCGCGCCCCGUUCGCAACGCCCGGAGAAGGGUGCAGUCAUACCAUGAAGCGACCACGUCAGAGAGCAGCGAGGACGAGCGGCCUGCCCCUCCGUCGCGCUCCCGGUCGAGAAGGCAGCAGGUCAGUGUCGAUACGGCAGCCGCCGAACGCCCCAGGCGCUCUACCCGUGCCCCGGCCUCGUAUCGCGAGCCGUCGACAGACGAGGACCUCGAUCGAGUCAUCUCCCGAUUUCCUGAGGUGCUGACCAAUGGUGCUGCUGCCCAGCAAGCCCAUGUCCUUAGUCACCGCUCCCCUCCGCGCAAGUCCCGGCCGGGAAACAACUCUCCGAGCAAGAAAACGAAGAGCUCAACACGAGACUCUCCCCGAAAACGUCGACGAGUAGAGCCCCGGAUGUCGGAAGAACCGACCACCGCACCCUCCGGCCCGAUCCCGCCGUGGACGACGCUGCCCUACCACAUCCUGUUCAAUAUCUUCCUCUUUGCGUCAUAUCCUCUGGUCGACUACAGAGAAGCCAUUGCUCUGCCAUCGGGAAAAUGGCUGGUUGACAUUGCCCUCCUCUGCCGUGCGUUUGCGGAGCCAGCGCUGGCAGCCCUUUAUCACACACCGGUGCUCAUUCCUGCGAAGAAGGCUCACAGGAUCGUGCAGCUCUUAUCGCAACCCCAGGAAUCACUCGCUAUCAACUACGCCAGCAAGGUCCGAGAGCUCCUGGUGGAUGUUCGAUAUGUUUUGGCGUACAAGUCGGGUCCGGGGUAUUUUGACCUGUCCAAGCUGAUCGAAAAGGUUCCGCAUAUCAAGACGCUUCGGCUGUACCAUCGACUCGAUGGAGUAGCUCCCCUAAUGUCGUCUACCCAGACCCCGCGAUGGACCUAUCGUGACUCGAUUUUCGACACCUUGAAGCGCUGCAAUGUGCGACUCCAUACAUUUGACUGGAAUGCCCGCUUCAUGGACCCGAGCAAUCUGGUAGUGAUGAUGCAGAUCCGCCAUCGUGAAGCUCCCUUCCGCGGCCUUCGUGAUGUGAAGUUAUUUCAGAUCCCGUCGGAUGAGAGGGUGGCGGAGAACGACCAGGAGCUCGAGGAGCUCACGGAGACAAAGUUGGCUGCGGCGCUGAGGGAGCUUCCGGAACUCCGUCGCCUGUCGUUCACCGACUGCGCGGUUGUCAAUGAGGUGCUCCUGCCGAGGUUGCCGACGAACCUGACUUCGCUGACCAUAGAUAACUGUGACGAGCUCACGUCGCAAAGUUUCGCGCCCUUUUUAGCCAGCCACGGGUCUCAUCUUCGAGAGCUGGUGCUGAAACACAACCGCCAUCUCAACCUCUCCUUUAUCGUGGGUCUUGCCGAGUCGUGCCCAAAUCUGGAACGGCUGUUGGUCGAUUUCAUCAUGCACAAUUGGCCCCCGUACUACAAUGGCACGCCUCAUUUCGAUCAGCUGCUGAGGCCCGGGGAGGUCCCGACCUGGCCGAAGGCACUGCAGGUCAUUGAGAUGCUCCAACUCCGCAACUGGGACAAAGCCCGGGCCGCUGCCUUUUUUUCGUCGCUCGUCGACUCCGCGCCGGAUUUGAAAGAUCUCCGCCGGAUUGUCAUCAGCGCCACCGUCCAGAUGAGCUGGCAGGAUCGAGCAUCUUUUCGCAAGCGGUGGAUCCGGAAAAUUGAGCGUACAUUUCUUAGAAAGUACGAGCUGCCGAAAUCGACUGCUGUCGAAGCUGCUCCUGCGGAUGACGUGGCUUCGAUGCCGGUCAAGCGCCAGAGUGCUCGCAUUGCGCAACAACGCCUGUCAGGGAUGGACGGCGAUAGCGACGCAUCUAAGACUCCGUCGGGCGCAACGACGAACACUGACACGGAGGACAGCGAUGUAGAUGACACGGAAGACAUGUAUGUACAGGGGAUGUGCGACGUGGUCCAGCUCCGCAUCGACAACCUUCGUCCGGCGGACAUGCAGUUCAAUGAAGACGACUUUCUUGACUCGGAGCUUAGUGGUGAUGAAGAGUGGAAUGGCGAGGACCCGGAGCCGGACGACUCAUAUGCGUGGUGA